CCAUACACGCUGUCGCCACUUGGUCAAGUCGAUAUGAUGAGGUGUGACAGUUGAAGGAGCAGAAGCAUUGGGGCUUCCAUCGCAUAGCUGCGUCUCGAGCAUGGCCAUGGCGGCGGCAGCCUCUGCUGCGGCAACGGUGGGCGCAAAGCCUUCCUUCUCUUGCCACGCCACUCACGCCCUCCUCAUCUCCCGCCUCCGCCACGGGCUAUCCUUCCCCAAGCGCAUCUCUUCCUCUUGCCCAACCCUCGCUUCUCGCUCCGCCCCCAAACACCUCCCCCUCCGCCGCCCACCCCGCGCGACAUCCGCCCCCGCCGAGACCGCUCCCGCCACCUUCCACGGCCCCUGCUACGUCCUCGGCGACAACAUCGACACCGACCAGAUCAUCCCCGCGGAGUACCUCACCCUCGUCCCUUCCAACCCUGACGAGUACAAGAAGCUCGGCUCCUACGCCCUCGUCGGCCUCCCCUCCGCCGCCUACACCACCCCCUUCGUUGGCCCCGGCGCCACGCGCACGCGCUUUCCCGUCAUCAUUGCCGGCGCCAACUUCGGAUGCGGCUCCUCCCGCGAGCACGCCCCCGUCGCCCUGGGCGCUGCCGGCGCCAGGGCCGUCGUCGCGGAGUCCUACGCCAGGAUCUUCUUCCGGAACUCGGUGGCCACCGGCGAGGUCUACCCGGUGGAGUCCGAAGGGGUUGGGUUGUGGAAGGAGUGCACCACGGGGGACAUCGUGACGGUUGAGCUCGGGGAGAAUCUGCUGGUGAAUCACACGACCGGGAAGGAGUACAAGUUGAAGCCGAUUGGGGAUGCCGGGCCGGUGAUUGACGCUGGAGGGAUCUUUGCUUACGCGCGGAAGACUGGUAUGAUUGCUUCGCCGUCAAAUUAAAGGGACGAUCUUGCGGGUUAUUGCAACUUUUGAUCGAUCAAGUACUCCUUUAGUUGUGUGAUCAAAAAUUUGCCUGUUCUACUUUCUCUUGGAAAGAUCUAUAAACAUGGUGUAAUAAAAUCUGCUCCUUGUAACAGUUAUGCGGAUAUUGUGAUCAACAGACAUUGCGCUGCCUCAAUUUGAUUCAACUUUUUGUUGCA